UUAUUUAUAACAGAUAGUGAUGAGAACCGUGAGCUGCGCUCCAACACCUCAGGUCACGUGACCAUGCGGCUGGCGCACAAAGCGCCGCUUUAUAACCGCCCCUCUCCCACAGCAGCGCACAGCCAGCCUGGCUCUGAUGCUCACCGCGUCUGUCUGAAGGCUGCAAACGGGAUUAUUCUCCUGCAAUCAUCCCCAUAGCAACAACUACUGCUAAUUAACUCUCACUUCUCAGGUUUUCCUCACCCGGACUUUGCACUUAUUUCCACGGCAUGGAUCACUGCGGGAUAUUUGGAGCGAAACAAUGAAGGUGUUCCUUCACCUGAUGCUGUUACCCAACUCGCCUCUUCACUGAGCAUCUCUGCGGCUAUGAAGUUGGCUGCGCACCGGAUGGCUGGCACGGCUAUGAGCGCGCUCACGACAGGUGUGCAGUACCUGGGCUCCAACGACGCCAGCUACGAUGACCUCUCCGUCGACUCCGGCCUAUCAAAGAAUGGCUUCGUCCUUGGAACUAAGGAGGUGAUUUUCACUGCCAUUGCUCCGGUUUUUCCCACCAACAUCUCGGGAUUAGCGCUGGGUAACGCCACCGCCGUGGAGAGCGUCGAUGCGCCGCAGUGUGCGGAGAAUGUAGCGGACAACCUUGAGUGCUUCAUGAUCCUCACCCCUAGUCAGCAGCUUGCGAUCGUCAUCUUGGCGCUCACUUUGGGUACCUUCACCGUGUUGGAGAACUUCAUGGUUCUGUGUGUGAUCCUCCACUCGCAAACGCUUCGAUCUCGGCCUUCUUACCACUUUAUCGGCAGCCUGGCUGUGGCCGAUCUCAUUGGAAGCAUCAUUUUCGUCUACAGCUUCUUGGACUUCCAUGUUCUCCACAGGAAGGACAGCCCUAACGUUUUCCUCUUCAAGCUGGCCGGAGUCAUCGCCUCCUUCACGGCCUCCGUCGGGAGUCUCUUCCUCACCGCCAUUGACCGCUACAUCUCCAUCCACAGGCCUAUGGCGUACAAGCGUAUCGUCACCAAAACGAAGGCGGUGAUCGCCUUCAGCAUGAUGUGGACCAUCUCCAUCGUCAUCUCGUUGCUGCCGCUGCUCGGCUGGAACUGCAAGCGGCUCGGCUCCGUCUGCUCGGACAUUUUCCCGCUGAUUGACCGGAGGUACCUCAUGUUCUGGAUUGGGAUAACGAGCGUCUUGGUGUUGUUCAUCAUCUAUGCCUACAUGUUCAUCCUCUGGAAGUCGCACCACCACGCCGUCCGCAUGCUGAGCCGGACCUCCCAGAGGAGCGUGAUCAUCUACACCGCAGAAGGCGCCAAAGUGCAAACGGUGAGACCCGAGCAAGCCCGGAUGGACCUCCGCCUGGCCAAAACUUUGGUCAUGAUCCUGGUGGCCCUCAUCAUCUGCUGGGGCCCUCUACUUGCCAUCAUGGUUUACGACCUCUUCGGGAAGGUGGACGACUUCAUCAAGACCGUGUUCGCCUUCUGCAGCAUGCUGUGUCUGCUCAACUCCACUGUGAACCCCGUGAUCUACGCCAUGAGGAGCAAAGACCUGCGCAGGGCCUUCCGCAACAUCUGCCACAUGUGGCGCGGAGGCUCCCAGACCCUGGACAGCAGCGCCGAGAGCGACUGGACCAGCAGGAGCAUGAGAGCAGCCGCCGCCGCCGCGGCAGCAGCUGGCAGGGCGGAAAGAAAACGCGGCCGCCGUGAGAAAACUGAAGCGAAAGUAGCUCAGGUUAGAGUUUCUGGAGGCACGGAGUCUUCUACUGCAGAGCCCGUCUGAAACCAACGGUGCUUCUGCACAACUGUGAAACUAAUAGUGUUGUUUAGUCUCUGAUCUGUUAGCUUUGUUACUACAAAAUGUGCCAAAAUAACAAGAAAAAAAGAAAUAGGAUUUUAUGGAU